CAGCUCAAAAAUUUCACUUCAGCUUCAGUGUUCACUGUUUAUUGCCUUUUUUGUUCUCAUUCGAUGAGGGAUUAAAAGGAAAGCAAAAAUCAAUUUCACUUUCACAUCGCAAAUAUUCAUUUUGAUUUCCCAAACCACAAAGAUUGCGUGGCUCCACUUAUGCAUCAAAUUCUCGAUAUUCUCCUCCCCUUUUCUCAAAUAUUACAGCCUCUAGUCGCUUAAUCCCAACGAUCUUCAGUUCUAUAAUCGUAAUUUCAUGUCUUUGUUUAUUGGCCGUCCUGUGUUCCGUGUUGCCUUCGAAACUCACAUUUCCAGGUCGAUAAGCUCGAGAAAAUCAGAAAUGGCGCCUCCGAUCUUGUCGCUUGCUCUUCCUUCGGAGACUGGUCGGGUUCUCAGUAUUCAAUCGCAUACAGUUCAGGGAUAUGUUGGCAAUAAAUCAGCUGUCUUUCCCCUUCAACUUCUGGGCUAUGAUGUUGAUCCGAUCAAUUCUGUACAAUUCUCAAAUCAUACAGGAUAUCCAUCCUUUAAAGGCCAAGUUUUAAAUGGUCAACAGCUAUGGGAUCUAAUAGAAGGCCUUGAAGCAAAUGAAUUACUUUACUAUACUCAUUUGUUAACAGGUUAUAUUGGUUCAGUUUCAUUUUUGCACACUAUAUUGGAAGUUGUCCAUAAGCUUCGCACCAUAAAUCCGAAAUUGACAUAUGUUUGUGAUCCAGUAAUGGGUGAUGAAGGAAAGCUCUAUGUUCCACCAGAGCUUGUAGCAGUAUAUCGUGAGAAGGUUGUUCCAGUGGCUUCAAUGUUAACCCCUAACCAGUUUGAAGCAGAACAGUUGACUGGGUCCAGGAUUGUGACUGAAAGAGAUGGCCGCGAAGCUUGUAAUAUUCUUCAUGCUGCUGGGCCUUCAAAGGUUGUAAUCACAAGCAUCAGUAUGGAUGACAAUCUUCUUCUCAUUGGCAGUCAUCAAAAGGAAAAGGGCCAAUCUCCUGAGCAAUUCAAGAUUGUGAUACCCAAAAUUCCGGCAUAUUUUACGGGAACUGGAGAUCUGAUGACUGCACUUCUGCUUGGAUGGAGUAAUAAAUAUCCUGACAACCUUGGCAGGGCAGCAGAGCUUGCAGUCUCAAGUUUGCAGGCACUUCUACAAAGGACAGUGAAUGACUAUGAACGUGUAGGAUAUGAUCCCAAGUCAAGCAGUUUGGAGAUCAGAUUAAUCCAAAGCCAAGAUGACAUUCGCCAACCACAAAUCAGAUACAAAGCUGAGAAAUAUUAAUGGACGGGUGAAUAUUACUCUCUCCGGCCCAUUUUGUUUGCUUGUUUUUUCUUUUUUGGAUGUUUUAAAAUGUUUGCAAGGUUUCUAAAUUUAUACAUGUGAACAAUUGCUUUUUCCUAUAAUAACCUUUAAGAUUCUUUAUUAAAUGAAAGAUUUUUAUUAACAUUUUAAUGAGUUAAAGGGUAAAAAA